GACAACGUGCUGAAGACGGUGGUGUUUCCUGUUCUCUACUCCCUCCUCUUCCUGUUGGGCCUGUCCCUCAACGGCCUGGCAGUGUGGGUGUUCUUCAGCAUCCCCAGCCGCUCCCACUUCAUCAUCUACCUCAAGAACAUUGUGGUGGCCGACAUCCUCAUGACCCUCACCUUCCCCUUCAAGGUGCUGUCUGACUCCAACAUGGCGUCCGUGGGUCUGCGUGUCUUUGUCUGCCGUGUCUCCUCUGUGCUCUUCUAUCUCACCAUGUACAUCAGCAUCCUCUUCUUCGGCCUCAUCAGCAUCGACCGCUGCAGGAAGACCCUCCAGCCCUUCAAGGUGACCAACAUGGCCCAUCUGACCCACAGAAAGCUGCUCUCUGUGGCUAUCUGGGCCUCCCUGCUGACCCUUUCCCUGCCCAACAUGAUCCUGACCAGCCACAGCCCCACCUCGGCCUACUUCAAGUGCAGCGUUCUUAAAACGGAGGCUGGGCUGCUCUGGCAUGAGGUGGUCAACUAUGUGUGCCAGAUAAUCUUCUGGGGGAACUUGGUGACAGUGAUAGUGUGUUACACACUCAUCACCAAAGAACUGUACAGUUCAUACGCCCGCACCAGGGCAUGCCGUUCUACUGGAGCCAUACACGACGCUGGUACUGGCGUGGGUAAUGUUGGAGGGCAGCGCCAGCCCCGGAGGAAGAGUGUGAGUUCAAACGUCUUCCUGGUGCUGGCUGUGUUCUUUGUGUGCUUCGUGCCGUUCCACUUCUCCCGUGUACCGUACACCCUGAGCCAGACGAGGGUACACCUGUUUGACUGCAACCUCAAGCUGUUGUUCUUCCAGCUGAAAGAGAGUACACUCUGGCUGUCCUCCCUCAACUCCCUCCUGGACCCUCUCAUCUACUUCUUCCUCUGUAAGUCCUUCAGAACCACCCUGUUCAAGACCCUCCGUCUCCCACCUGGGACCUGCAGCUGGCUCACUGGGAGAGGGUCCGAUCCCAACACAGCAGAGGAUCAGACACAAACACAGGAGACUCCCCUGGGAGACACAUCUAUUAUGUAA